AUGGCUCGACAGUCUAUCCGACGACUGGCCGUCGAUGCCAGCCUCGCCGACAAGUCCUGCACCAGCUCAGCCUCUGCCCUCGUCACCAAGGGCCAGUUUGCAGGUCACACCAAGUCGCAUUCCUGUGCCUGCGCGGCGUUCCGAACAACAAUCACCGGCGGACGGGAAGAAAAAGACAAAUCCAAGCCCAGCACGCCCAGGACGAAGGAAAGCCCUAGGCGCGCCUCCCGUGCGGUUCGCAAAUCGUCUGCGAUGGACCAUCGAUCCCCGCUACGAUCAGUCUCGAAUGUCUCGAACGCCUCGAAAUCGUCGGAAGUCCAGAGCAACAGCACCGUCCAGAUAAAAACGAAGAAAGGGAAAGACACGCAAGAGGGCACACCGGAAUGGCGCAGGCGCUUACUGCGGGGGGAAAUCGAGGCGGGUGAACAACGAGAUUUGUUCGCGCCGAUGGGACUCGAAAGUGUUUUCAAGCCGCCGCCACAGAGUUCAUUGACGCAGCAAGACUCUAUCCCAUUUUCGAGGCAGGACGACCAAUUGUGGGAUUUCACCGACAACACUUCCCGACAAGGCAGGGACGAGGAUGAUAACCGCGACCAAGAGUCUGAGCCCGAAUCAGAGCGCGUCGAUAGCGAGGACGAGGGGCCCAAUGACAAUGACACGGCGUCAGGGACAGUAAACCGCGCGCCUUGGGGAGCGGAUGCGACACAGGACGCGACUCAGGACCCAGAAGGGUUCUCACAAGGGAAUACACAAUUACGGACAGCAAGUGGGCUGGAGGACCUUCGUAACGAAGGCAUAACACCCAUUACAUUCACUCGAAACAAUACUGUCGACGGCACUAAGACGUCUGAAGUCAUCAAAUCUGCGCUCAAGCAAGUCACCAACAAGUUGGAGAGCCUGUCUAUCGACAACGACAGCCGCCCAGACUCCCCAGCAAGCGAUAGCUUCCUCUUCUACAACCACAGUGAACCUCGUCCUGACGCGUCAUCCCGCGAAGACAGUUUGCUGGACGUGACAAGCCACUCUCUUCCUCAGGAUCUGUCGAUGGGAACAGUCGACUUCAACCGUCGUGGAAACCGCUCUUUCCCUCGCCGAUUCUCUCCCUCGCCCUUCCCUUCACAUCGCCUCUCCCCCGCAACACUCGCCAACUCCAAAAUCCGCAGUUCUCCUCUCUUCAAUCCUCACAGGACUGGUUCUCCCGCUCUACCACGUCCUUCUUCAUCUCACGUUCGACCAUCCACAGCUGGGGACACGGAAGCCAGAGAGGACAAGAUGCCAUCUUCAGGAAGUCCGUUGAAGUUGUUCGGUAACCAUGACACAUUCACCAAUAACAGGCUUCUUCGGCGCAUGAGUCAAUUUGAGGAAAGCUUUAGCGAUACCUCUGAAGGAGAAGAGCCUCCGUCCCCCUCUGAGGAAGCACGAAGGAAGGGUGAAAACCGCAGCUUUUUGACUACGAGGCACGAACCAUUAGGCGAGAUUUCCCCCAGACGUAAUGAACGUCACGAAUCUCGGAAUAAUGGACAUCGGAUAAGUCAAUUUGGGGGUGGCGAGUUGGACAAGUUUGAUUUCUCAGAUGCUAGCCCCUACGAACACAAACUGGUCUAUGAUGAGGCCGCAGGAUUUGGAUCCCGACCUACAUCACGCAAGCGAUCAUCAACUCGACAAUAUCUUCGUGGUCCCUCCGCACAGCAUAGUUUAUACCAUUACAGCAGAUCAGUGAGUUCGGGAUUCACCCGAAAGCCGUCUGCCUGGGUUCGACAAGAUUUCUUUGAUGACAUCCGGCCAGCGACUCGGCCUGGGAACAAGGAAAACAUGCCUCCUGAUGUCAAACGAGUGCCCAAAGCUCCAGACAUGGAUCCAACGCCUAAGCGGCGCCGAACAAUUAUGCGAAAGAACAGUGCCGAACCCAACCACGAGAAUGGGGACUCGCCCCCCAAGUAUGGCGACAGCAUGUCGCUUUUGCAGAGAAGCCUCAUGCAACAAGGCGUACAGCUCGGAAAUGGAGACUACCUUGCUCCACCCGGCUUUUCCCAAUCCAUGCAGCGGCCGCGGACACCGACUCCAAGCCAAAUCCGAACUGCUGGCGAACCGAGUGUCAUGGCGCAUAGAAAGUUCUCCGAGUCAAAUUUCGAUAACACUGACUAUUCUGACUCGUUCUCACUCGAUGGUGAUGUUCCACUUGUUAAGAUUACUGGUACCAGUGAUACUUCACGAAAGGGGUCAAUCACCACCCAGGACUAUCUAAACGAAGCCACUAAGAUCAUGGACUUGAUCAGAGCAAAAGGACGGGGCGCGGCAGGUCUGACCAGCGUCCAAGAGUCCGACGUGGAAAGCGAAGGCGACGAGCUUGACCUGAGCUACGAAGAUGAAUCCACUCGCGAAGCAUUCUCUCGUCCGCCAAGCCGUGAUGGAACAGAUCUUCGCAAAAUCAGGGAGCCGAAAGAAUUGAAUCCGCUGAUUUUGAGCCACCUGAAAAAGUACCAGGAGCAAGAUGACCGGGAAUUUGAUGGUGAAAUGUCCCUCCAAGGCCGACCAGAAAGUCGGAAUGACCUUGAUUCACCCAACUCACAGAACAUCCGCAUCCAAGGACCAAGGAAGCGCAAAACUAGUGGCAUGGCGGAUGACACGGCGGAAAACAUUGCUCAGGACCUGAUGACUAUCAAUACCCAAAUGUCCGGCUUCAGCGUCAGCUCCGUACCAACAGGCUCUUCACAAAAUUCCCAAGUGAAGGGCAUGUUGGCUUCUGAUCUCGUAUCCCACCUCAUCCCAAAUCAAGUCAACGGCUUCAAAUACGACCGUCACAGGAAUCAAUGGGUGAAGGAUGAAGUCGAAGAACCUCAACCUCCUGCUGCCGAACCCGAGGAAGGUGAUGAUCCUUUCAGAGAUAUUCCGGACUUGAGUGUAGAUGAACUACAAGAGAUGAUGAGAGUACAUGGUCUCAGCUCUCCUGCAAAGAGCACGCCCGGUGACCGAGAAGAGACCUACGCCCGCAGUCCUCUGGCCGUCCGCAGAUCCCCCCAGAAGACUGAUGUUCGACCGCACACGAGGGAUGGCGGUCCUUCUCUCAGCGGAAGCUCGAUUCGCUCCAGACUGACUCGAUUCACGUCCAGUGUUCCCAACACUGGCACCAGAGCGACAUCUUGGGAAACAGACGAGACUGAGGGACAGAACCAAUCUGGACAAGAGAGUUCCGAGAGCCAGCACCCGGAGUCUGUGUCUUCAAAGAUAUCUCGAUCUCCAGGAAAACAAGCACGCGUUGCAACCGUCAACCUAUCCUCGGCUGCUGCACACGCCGCUUCCGAAGGGGGAAGCAAUGACACAGAGCGCGAUCCAGCCUCUCAGGAUCACAUCUACCAGGGAAUACCUCCACUCGAAGAGCCAGCUCAACCCGAUCAUGAAACUGGCUCGGUCCGGUCUUCUGUCCCUCCAACGGGACGCCAAACUUCCGUUGCCGGGCAGCCUUUCAUUCGUCGUCCCAUUUCGAGAAUCGAGGAGAGGAACGAGGACACCGUCGACGACCAGAGCCUUGUCCGCAGGAACGACUCACUUUCUGUCAAUGAAACACCGGCUCGCAAUGGGGCAGAGCAGUCUUUGAUGCCAAUUCAGAGCGCUGGGCCCGACACAAGUUACAGCUUCCACCUCAGUCCUCUCGCAGACUUCUCGGUCAACCAAGGGGACCGAGCUCUAAACCUUGAGAUGAGCUAUGUGGCCCAACGCACAAAUCCAUCUUCCCUGCGCCAAGUGCACGGGACGUUUGCAUUGGCAACUGGAGAUUUGAUCAAGCAUAUCACUGACGUUGAGCCAUAUGAGCCUUACUGGGAGCACGUUCGUCGCCUGGUUCUGCGCCAGAAGGGGUUGAUUACGUUGCACAAGCUCAACGAAUUCUGCCCACGGUUGGAGGAAUUGGAUGUUUCCGACAACGACAUUGGUCAAUUGAGUGGUAUCCCUUCCUCAUUGCGAACCCUCAAGAUCCCACGGAACUGCCUGUCCAACCUCACCCCUUGGAGCCAUUUGGUCAAUCUGCAAUACCUUGAUGUUUCAGGAAACGACAUUGAGACAUUAGAUGGCUUCUCGAGCUUGAUCCACCUCCGAGAGCUGAAGGCGAAUGAUAACCAAAUUCGUAAUAUUGAUGGCAUUCUUGACCUCAAUGGCUUGCUGAGUUUGAAACUGAGCAACAACUCUGUGACAGUGGUGGAUUUCGAAGGUUCUGAGCUGACACGCCUUCGGGAUCUUGACCUGAGUCACAACUGUUUAACGUCCGUUCGCAAUGUUGACUGGCUCCCGUCACUUGCCACUCUUGACCUCAGUGCCAACCAAAUCAGUAGUUUGGAAUCGCCAGCUUCCCUCAUCAGCUUGCGUGCUCUUAAGCUGUCGGGAAACAGUCUCGAGUCUUUUGAUGCACGAGCAUUCCCUUCCGUGAGCCUUAUUUACCUCGACCAGAACCAUCUUUCCACUGUUACCGGCCUGGAAAAUUGCCACAAUCUCGAGGUUCUGUCUCUACGGGAGCAGACACCCAGAGAAAAGGAUCCCAGUUUCACCCUCGGCCUUGAUCUGGGGCUGAUCAAGGAUAUCCGCAAAGUGUUUUUGUCGUCCAACAAACUUUCACCUGAAACCCUCUCUCCAUCUGCUCCACUACUACGCCUCCAGCUUCUUGACUUAGCUGCGUGUACAUUGAAGAGCAUUCCAAGUGACUUUGCGUUGAGCUUCCCGAACCUGAAAGUUCUCAAUAUGAACUUCAACUCUGUCGAUGACGUGGAACCCCUGGUGGGAAUGAACUGUCUCGCCAGAUUGAUGAUCGUUGGCAAUCGCCUAUCAAGGAUGAGGAGGGUCUCUCAAAUUCUCAGUCGGCUAGGAAGAACUGGGAAAGGAACCACGUGCUCCUUGCGCAAGCUUGAUAUCCGUGGGAACCCAUUAACUGUUGGCUUUUACCCCCCAGCAGUAACCGGAAACGGCACGACCGCGGAUUGGAAGAAGUUGAAGUCCAACGAACAUGCAAUUGUUCGGCACCAACAAAACCACCGAGAUCUUUCUGAUGCUCUAGCAGAGCUCGGAAACGAUGACCAGAUAUCCCACCGGGCGACAAUGGGAGAAGAGGUAAAGCCUGACACGGACGUCGAAAUCAACGACCCCUUCACAGUUCCACUCGCAGACCCCCAUGCCGACGGGAAAUAUCUGACCCAUCUCGACCAAGCCACACGACUCCGUCGGAGAGUUCUCGAACUCCUCCUUUACGCCGGCACAAGCGGCUCUCUCCAUACCCUGGAUGGUCUGGAGCUCCGGCCAUCGCUGGGCGAUGAGGCCUCCGAUAUGAACCAAGCAUGGGAUAGACUGGAGCAUCUUGGCGUGCUUAAGAGGAAGGCGAUUAAAAAUUAA